AUGCCUCAUCCACAGAAAGGAAAAUCAAGAUCUCGUGGGUCAGAUGAGGAGUUCGUUCUAUUCCUCCAAGGUAUUCCAGCCCACUGUCGCUGGCAAGAAUUGAAGGAUCUAGUACGCCAAACAGCCUUGCACAUCCGACAAGCUGUAGUAUACGAUGACCACCACGGGUUUCCCACCGGACUGGGCCAGAUCAUCGUGAAAAACGAAGAGGAAGCAUGGCGGACUUACCAUAGACUAUCCACCAAUGGCUGGGAAGGACAGAGCUUAGUCGUGACGCUGGCUCGGACUAGCUCACCUACUCGGCCCAUUGCAGGACCAACGAAAAGUCCACACUGUGUGAUCCCAUCAGACUACGUUGCCGGGUAUUCGACGCCCCCAAGAGUCUCGCGGAACAUGGCCGUGCCUCCAUCGCCCAUAUCUCCGGAACCCAUGAUAGCCGGGACCAGCCCAACAUAUCCACCUCCAGAGUAUGGACAUGCCCCGGUCAUGGGGCUGCCACACCAGUCUUUCUUUCCCAUUUACCCCGAUCCGCUAUCGCAAUCCAUGCCAGGGAUUCCCCCCUCACCAGCUCUCCAACCCCCCUUCUGCGACCCCCUCACCUUCACCGUCUACCCACCAUACCCGGUCUCCCCCAUACCCGCCUUCCAGGACGCCUCCCACCGCACAAACCUCCAUAAACCCACCUAUAGCUACAGCUACAGCUACACUCCCACCCCGAUCCCCGUCUACGCCCCGCACUCGCAAAGCAACGGCAACAACCCCCGGUCUCCCCCGCGCCGAACAGUCUUCAUCCAAAACCUCAGCCCUAGAACCACCCAAUCCGACCUACACUCCCACCUCCAAGACAUUGGUUCCAUCGAAUCCUGCGAAGUGCCCCUCGACCCCACCACAGCCCGCUGCAAGGGCUUCGCCCGUAUCACCUUCCGUACCGCCGACGAAGCCAAACGCGCCGUCGCCAGCUACAACAACUCCAUCUUCCUAAACGCAAAGAUCAGAGUCAAGAUCGACCGCCCCGUGCCCUACGCUGCCUCCUACGCUGCCUCCUAUGCCCUGACUCCCCCGUCCACGAUGCCGGUCAGUGGCGUCUCUGCCCCUCCUCCAACCACCUACGCGCCUGAGCACAUUAUCACCACACCGACAACCGAUGAAUCACCCAAACCAGAGCCCACCACCGAAGAAGCAUCUCAGACGAAAUGUCGACCGGGGCCAUUAGUCGUAAAUGGAUCUGGGAUUGGUCGCAAGGAGAUUACUACCUGA